AAAUCAUUUACAGUCAAUUGCCAUCCUAAGUUGGCACACUCAUGUAUAGGAUAAUAGGAGUUAGCUUUCCAUCGUCCUUCUGGUUUCUUUCUGUCUCAACUGUAGACCUUAGCUUUGCAUGUAAUGGUUUCACUAGCUCGGAAGCUGAUCGCACCCAGGAACCCUAUCCCAAGAUCCAUAAGUUACGAGCUCGGAAACCCAGAAGCUUCGCAGCCCUUUGUCCCAUUUUCCCGUCUUCAAGAGACAAAGCUCUUAGAAUCCCAUCUGGUUUCACUUCUCGACAACUGUAGCAGCCUAAUUCAGAUCAAACAAGUCCAUGCUCACGUUAUUCGCAGAGGUCUUGACCAAUGCUGCUAUGUUCUCGCGAAGCUACUCCGUAUGCUCACAAAAAUCAAUGUCCAAAUGGACCCAUAUCCCCGUCUUGUAUUUCAUCAAGUGGAAUACCGUAACCCUUUUCUAUGGACCGCUUUAAUUCGGGGUUAUUCAAUUCAAGGACCAUUGAGCGAGGCAGUGCGUUUGUAUAAUGGUAUGAGAAUGGAAAGUAUAUCCCCCGUUUCUUUUACUUUGACGGCUUUGCUCAAGGGUUGUAGCGAUGAACUUGGGUUGAAUCUAGGUAAGCAGAUUCAUUGUCAGGGCAUAAAGCUUGGUGGGUUCUGUAAAGAUUUGUUUGUUCAUAAUAUUUUGAUUGAUAUGUAUGUGAAAUGUGGUUGGUUGGAUUGUGGUCGAAAGGUGUUCGAUGAAAUGUCCGAGAGGGACGUGAUUUCGUGGACUUCGUUGAUCGUUGCAUAUUCAAAAACUGGAGAUAUGGUGGCAGCUGCUGAGCUGUUUGAGAGAUUGCCUGUGAAAGAUUUGGUUGCAUGGACGGCUAUGGUGUCGGGUUUUGCACAGAAUGCUAAACCAAGGGAGGCAUUGGAGUUCUUUAAUAGGAUGCAGUGUGGAGGUGUGGAGACUGAUGAGGUAACAUUGAUUGGGGUUAUUUCAGCUUGUGCGCAGUUGGGGACUGCUAAGUAUGCAAAUUGGGUUCAUGAUGUGGCUGAGGGAUAUGGUUUUGGACCUGCCAAUCAUGUCAUGGUCGGAUCUGCAUUGAUUGAUAUGUACUCCAAGUGUGGGAAUGUGGAGGAGGCAUACAAGGUUUUCGAGAACAUGAAGGAAAAGAAUGUGUUCUCAUAUAGUUCGAUGAUUGUGGGUUUCGCAAUGCAUGGAUGUGCGAGUGCUGCAUUGGAUUUGUUCGAUGAAAUGGUGAAAACUGAGGUAAAGCCUAAUAAGGUGACAUUCAUUGGUGUUCUUAUGGCUUGUACUCAUGUAGGUUUGGUAGAACGGGGUCGACACCUGUUUGAUAUGAUGGAGAAACAUUAUGGUGUUGAACCAUCAGUAGAACACUAUGCUUGCAUGAUUGAUCUCCUUGGCAGGGCUGGGCAACUAGAAGAAGCUCUUCAGCUUAUCAAAGCGAUGCCAAUAGAGCCUAAUAGUGGUGUCUGGGGAGCCCUACUGGGAGCUUGUCGGAUUCAUGGUAAUCCUGAAAUUGCACAAGUUGCUGCCAGCCGUUUAUUUGAGCUUGAACCUGAUAGUAUUGGAAACUAUGUCCUGCUUGCCAAUACAUAUGCUUCAGCAGGAAGGUGGGAAGAUGUUUUAGGGAUAAGGAAAUUAAUAAAACAAAAACUGCUGAGAAAGGAUCCUUCACGCAGCUGGAUUGAAGGCAAAGUGGGGGUGAUUCAUGAGUUCUACGCUGGUGAUAUGACCCACCCAAAGUCAAAAGAGAUAAAGGAAGCACUUGAGGAUCUUGUUGGUCGGCUUAAGACACAUGGCUAUGAGCCAAACUUAAGUUCUGUGCCUUAUGAUCUGAGUGAGGAAAAUAAAAAGCGAAUACUUCUCACACAUAGUGAGAAGCUGGCUUUGGCAUAUGGGCUGCUUAUCACUGAUAAUGAGUCUACCAUCAGGAUCAUGAAAAAUCUGAGAAUAUGUGAAGAUUGCCACUCAUUUAUGUGCGGUGCAUCUCAAAUCACUGGCAGGGAGAUUAUUAUCAGGGAUAACAAGAGAUUUCACCAUUUCCGCAAUGGUGUGUGCUCUUGUGGUAACUUUUGGUAAUUGAAGCAAGAACUCUCAUUUCUCUCAAGUGCCACUCUGUGAGUUUGAAGGAUCCUUUUUCUUCAGAGAUGGCCAUUACUCGUCACAAGUGCCUCAGUUAUUCAAACUGGUUUUGAAUUGCUUCUGAAGUGAGGAAUUGGGAUUCUUGUUCAACUGAAGGGUAUGAUUAAUUCAUUCAAGGGCAAACCUAAGUUCUAUAAAUGUCUAUGAUCCAAGGUGCCAAUCUAUAUGACAGCCCUGGGUGUGAGUUGCAGCAGAAGAUAGGCGAUCCUGAAGUUUGGUACUGUGUGUAUGGGAUCAGAAGAUCUGUGACUGUAGUAACUGUGCGACUUCAAUUUUAUUGCAAACUCGGUUGUCUAGCAGAUGAUACGUUUCACCAGACUCAACUCUGAUGCCUGUGUUGCUUAAAUUUGCUGGGAUAUGUUGAAAUUGGAACUCAAUGUUGGUGCAGACAUGAUUCAACCCUGAUCCCAUCUGUGGCUUAAAUUCGAUGGAGAAUAUGCUAGCACAAAACAUGCUAUUCCUGGGAACCAGGAAAGGCUCCUCUGGGUAGACAAUGCAGGUAAAAGCUGGAAACUUCAUGUACUUUUAUCUGGUCACAGAACAUGUUCAGGCAAAAUCGAAGCAAUUGCCUUGUACCUAUGAAACAAAGAGCGCUCAGCUGGACCUCAGUAUCCUUUCUCACUUUGGUGUGUCCAAUUUUUACUCACACUUCUAAUCUAAUAACUUAAGCAGCACUUUGUCGUGUCCAAUUUUUACUCUCUUGUAAUCUAACUUCAGCAGCAGCAGGAGGGGGAUUUUCAUCUAAAAAACAAAUGUACCUAACACUGCUUCAGGUAUUGGUUCUUUCUCAUUUCUCACGUCUUCCUCGUCUGUUUAUGUACCAAUUCUCUUGCAUCACUGAUUGAAAUAAGAGAUAGGAAACUAAUAUUCGUUCCA